ACCCUCUGUAACUCUUACAGAUAUCUUAGUGAUCUUCUGAAAUCUAUCAUGUUCAAACAUAUCCUUCAUGUCAAUUAUCAUUUUUGGAAAGAAAGAAUGUCUGUCUUUUUUUGAAAGAAAGAAUGUCUGUCUUUUUUGAGGAACAGAAAGAAUGUCUGUCUUUUUUUGAGGAACAGAAAGAGAGCUGUAAAAUAGAGACUUUCACAAGCUGUUUAACGGACACUAUGACUGUACUGUACGGAUACAGUUCUGCUGCUCCUCAGAUGUUCACAGACGUUAACUGUGACAGAGAACACACUGCAGCCCUCCACUAAUUUCUUCAUUGACUGUGGGACAUGUUAUACUUUAUUUACUUUUGGAACCAAACUAACCAUUAGAGAAUGACUUUGUAACCUUUUAAGUACCAUUCAACUGGAGGUUGAAAGGGCGAAGGAUUGGAACAACAAAAAGCUGUGAGCUGUUAGUCACCAAGGAGAAAGGCAUCUGAAAUAACUAAAGAAGAAGAAGAAGGGCUCCAUACUGUUUGCAGCACUCCGACGGGUGUUACUGUAUCAAACCAACAUUCUACAGAUUUCAACCGGAUCCGAACAAUCAUCUCAGUAGAUUUGACUGUUGUUGGGAGAGAUGAGAGCCAUGUUUUCCCUGUUCCUGUUGAUUCAGAGUGUUAGUGGAUGGAUGCAUCCUAAAUGCCACGUUUAUAACAGUGGGGAAUACUUUCCCACCUGGAACUACUGUCCUUUGGCAGAACAGUACACUGCUGCCUGUCGAGAUGUCACAGCCAUCGAGGAGGAUCUGCUUGGACUUCCCUCUAAUAUCAAUACCCUCUGCAUAUCUAUGAAACGUGGGGAAAAUAGUUCCAUGUCUCUGGGCUUUUUCGCUCGUUUUCAGUAUUUGGAGUAUCUGUACAUUGGAGGCUGUUUUCCUCAAAUCCUUCCAGCUGGGAAUAGCCAGGGCCUUCAAAAUCUGCAACAUAUGCACAUUAAUGGAUUGGUCACUGGGUGCUGUGAUUGUCAUAUUGGGCCUAACACAUUCAGAGAUCUAGUAAAGCUAAGUAAUUUGACCAUAUAUGGUUAUAGGCUAUCAGCAAUGGCACCAGAUGUUUUCCAUUGCCUACCUCAAUUACAAAGUGUCUAUAUUCAUGAACCCUGUGUAGAGAAUUUGUCAGAAAUACUAUGCAGAAUAGUUAAUAUAAUUUCACUUACAAAGUUAAAUGUACAUGCACCAAAUAUACGAUCGUUAAACCAAUCAAACUGCUCCAUCUUAAAAGCUACCGAAAGCAAUCUAACAAGCGUCAAUUUAGAUUUCGGUCAAAUAAACCAUAUAGAGGAAGGUGCACUGGCCUGUCUCCAGAACCUGACACAUUUUUCUGGGGGCCUAAACCAGGAUGUCCUACUGCGCCUUCCCCUGUCUGGCAUUAAGCAAAUCCAGGUCUUGUAUUCCUAUGGUAGCAAUAGCAUUGAUUUUGAAAGUAUCUGUAAUGUAGUGUUUUUGCUUUCCAUCAAGGAAAUACAUUUUGCCAAUGUCAAUACAAGCAGCCUCUCCAUGUCCAGUGUUGAAUUGUGCAUUGGGCUGGAAUAUAUGGGCUUUGAUGGACCCGGAGCCUUCCAUUCUUCUCCCCAUUUGAAAUUGAAUUUUAUUUCCAGUCUCAAAAACCUUAAAAUGUUAUAUGUAUCUGGCCAGGCAGAAAACAGUCUUGACCUCUGCUCAUUCCGAAAACAACCAAUCACAUGGUUAACAGAACUCACUUUCAUGUCGAGCAAUGUACAAACGCUUUUUGCAAAACGGUUCAGCUGUCUUGAGAACCUGCGGUCUCUAGAUUUGUCAUGUAGUUUCAUUUCAAACAUUGAAGACUUUGCUUUCUUCGGAUUGGCAAAUCUGGAGUCCUUAGACAUGACACAAAAUAGUAUAACCCAGUUAUAUGCAAACACGUUUAUUGGUUUACAUAGUUUGACAUUGUUAGACCUCAGGGAAAAUCCACAGAUCUACAAUAUUGAAGCAAUGUCUUUCGCACAACUUACGUGUCUAAGACAAGUGUUUCUGGGGUACUUGAACUAUCCACCAGGAGAACCCGUGAUAAAGCUGAAUCUGACACUUGUAUUCGGUGACGUUCUGAGUCACCUGACUCAUCUGCACAUUAGUUCAGGUAUGAGGCCAAUGCAGUUGAUUAUUGGCAGUAACAUCACAUCUAAACAGAACCUGAGUCUCCAACUCAAAGGCCAGACAGUGUCAUUUGAAGACUGUGACAGACCCUUCUUUCAGUCUGUAACCCAUCUUCAUGCUGAUGCUGAAGAAUUCCUUUGUGGAUCUGAAUUCAUGGGAAAGUACUUCAGGUCUGUGGAGACAUUUGUGUACAGAUCAAAGCUUUCAGCUAAAAGUGUGGACUUAACAUCAAUGAAUCAGCUCAUUCACCUGAGGAAACUGACUCUAGUACAGGUGGAUCUUUUAAUACAGCGUUCUGCCGACAUCAUUUUUCACAACCUGACCAAACUGGAGGUUCUGAAACUUUCAAACUGCAGGAUUGACUCUUUGGAGGGGGGUUUAACUAAAUACUUUAAAUCCUUGAAAACCUUAUAUUUGCGUAUCGAGAACGUUUAUCAUGUAAUCUACAGCUUUACUGAACCUCUCUCUAGCCUAAAGUAUUUGAUACUUGAUACAUUACAGAUUUUUUGCAGUUGUGACAAUGCUUGGCUCAUUGCAUGGGCAAAGAGGUACAGGCCGGUUGAAGUGAUCAUGCUUAAUCAUGAAGUUAUGUAUAAUUUAGAGGAGUUGAUAUGCUUGUCAGACAAUGGACUAGACACACCUAACUUUGUCAAGUACACAGAAGCCAACUGCACAACAGAGGUGGGCUUUGUGCUCUUUGCUGCGACUGGCCUGGGAGUCAUCUUCUUCAUGCUGGUGGUGCUGGUCCAUAAUCUGGCCGGUCCUUACCUCCUCCCCCUCUACUACAUCACCCUUGGCUGGCUGUCGGAGGCGAUGCGAUCAAACACCAGGGGGCGCUACCACUACGAUGCGUUUGUCUCCUACAGUGGGAAGGACGAGCGCUGGGUGGUGGAGGAGCUACUACCCAACCUGGAGAAGAGGGGUCCCCCUUUCCUGCACCUCUGUCUGCACAGCAGGGACUUCCAGCUGGGGAAGGACAUUGUGGAGAACAUCACAGACAGCCUCUACCGGAGCCGUCGCACACUCUGCCUGGUCAGUCGCCACUACCUGCACAGUAACUGGUGCUCCCUGGAGAUGAAGCUGGCCACCUCCAGACUGCAGGUGGAACAAAGGGACAUCCUCCUCCUGGUCUUCCUGGAGAAGAUCCCCCCUCGCCGGCUGUCUGCUCACCACAGGCUGGCUCGCCUGGUCAAGACCAGGACCUAUCUGGACUGGCCCCAGGACCCCCAUCAGCACCAGGCAUUCUGGAACAGACUGUGGGCUAAACUGAAACCUCCAACUGAAGCCUGAGAUCAGAGGUUUAUGUAGAACCUUGUGUUAAUGCUGAGACAAAUAAUGUUAGCAGAUUUGUUGAGGUAUUGCAUUUGCAGUUAAAAGUCCUCAGUACUAAGAGCCUCCCGAGUGG